AUGGAGUCUGUGGUGUCUGAAGACCCGCAGCAGCAGCAGCAGCAGCACGAGCCGCAGCAGCAGGAUGAGCCGCAGCAGCAGCAGGAAAAGACCCAGCAGCAGCAAGAGCAGCAGCAGGAGCAGCAGCAGCAGCAAGAACUAGCUGUAGAAAUCCCCCAAAACUUGCCAGACCCUUCUAAGAGAAGAAAAAGCGCAACUGUGGCUCAAGACCAAGCUGGCUGCUACUUAGUCUACGAUCAAGAAAAAGCUCGCUGGGCUGCAGUGUGGAGUCCUUCUUUUGUUGCAGCAGCAGCAGCAAUUCUAAACCCUAGCACAAAAGUGCCUCCUUAUAAAUAUUCGAAAAGAGAAAAAGUCAUUUUGGAGGCUGAAAAAAACAAAGACGCCAAGAGCAACUUCUUGGCGGGUUUGUGUUUAUUUUUCAAACUAAUUAGAGACUAUAAAGGGACUUUUACUUUGCUGCCAGCAGCGGAAGAAGUUGAAUUAAAAGAUGUGGCCAUUGUGGGGCUCAAGGGCCAAGAGGUAUUUAAAUAA